CCUGCUCACUCAAACAAGCCAGCAAAGCUGUGCAAGCCCAAGACAGGCACGAGCUGACAAGGAGGGCAGGGCAGUGGAGAGCAGCUGAAGACCUUCAGACCCAUUCAAAAACCUCCUUUUCUGGAAUCAGCCUGCAGACAUGCUGGUAUCCAGGAUGGAGAGACAAGAUAGGGAGACCCAGGCCAGUGAGGUGGAGGGCCUGAGUGGAAGAGCCGAUGUGACUCUGGACCCAGCCACUGCCAACCCCUUCCUGAUCCUGGCCGGCGACCAGAGAGGAGUGGGACGCGGGGACGAGUGGGCCUCACUGCCCAUGAACCCUGAGCGGUUCGACACGGAGCCGUGCGUGCUGGGCAGCCGGGGCUUUGCUGCAGGGAGACACUGCUGGGAGGUGGAGGUGGCCGAGGCUGGGGACUGGUGGGCUGUGGGGGUGGCCCGGGAGUCUGUCAGGAGGAAGGGGGUCCUCAGUUUUACUCCCCAGGAGGGGAUCUGGGCUGUGGGGCAGUGGUUUGGACAAUACCAUGCUUUCACUGACCCUGACUGGACUCCCCUGCACCUUGCCUGCCUCCCCAAGGCCAUCCAGGUCUGCCUGGACUUUACAGACAGGCAGGUGGCAUUUUCUGAUGCUGAAAACAAAGCCCCAAUCUUUGCUUUCUGCCUGGCUUCAUAUCCCAGGGAGAGGCUACACCCGUGGCUCUGGGUGGGGGUGGACUCGUGGCUCAAGCUGUGCCCCUGACACAGAGGGAGCACGGGCAUCAGGGGGAGACUGGAAAGGCAAACACCAUCACCUUGAGUCUUGGUGCUGGGAACUGGGAGGGUCCUGCAUCAUGGCAGCUUCUCCUCGCAUGGCUCCUCUGGCCACCAAACAGGAUGACGGGCAGGUCUUGGAGAUGGAUGCCACCAAAAAGCCUCCUUCACCCCCUCACCCCACAGCUGGGACUUGCAGAAACAACAGGAAGCACAGAUUCUGUGCAUGGAGGAGCUUGGUGCCAGGUGGCCCCAGGGCAGAGAAGUGGCACUGAGUGCCAGGCGUUGCAGAGCUGCUGUGUACAAGGCCAUGAAAAAUACAGCAGGUUCAAACUCCGUAAAAGGUACUGGAGUAGCGCCUCUGGCUCUUUUUUCAAUUAAGCUUAAUCAUUAAAGUUAAAAAAAACAAACUCCAAACAUAGCUGGAUGCUGGAGCUCAUGAUAACUCUUAUCUUCUCCAUACAUCCAAAGCUUCUCCUUGCCUUAUUUCCAGUUCUCACUGACAUGUGCAUUAAGCAUAUUUCUUAGAGCAGAGCACUAGUAAAAGCUAUAGGGACAGCCAAGGAAGGUAAGCAAGAAACUGAGAAGUGUCUGACGUCCACAGGUGAGCCAGUUCCCACAGAUCUGCUGUUCUUUAAUCAUCCCCCUUCAGGUCUCCCUUUCCUCACAUAGAAUAGACUAGAAUAGUGCAGCUGGAAGGGACCUACAGUGAUCAUCUAGUCCAGCUGCCUGACCACUUCAGGGCUGACCAAGAGUUAAAGCUUGUUAUUAAGGGCAUUGUCCAAAUGCCUCUCAAACACCGAGAGGCUUGGGGCAUCAACCACCUCUUGAGGAAGCCUGUUGCAGUGUUUGACCACACUCUCACUAAAGAAAUGCUUCCUAAUGUCAAGUCUGAACUUCCCAUGAUGCAGCUCUGAACCAUUCCCACACUUCCUGUCCCUGGAUCCCAGGGAGAAGGGAUCAGCACCUCCCUCUCCAAGUCCCCUCCUCAGGAAGAUGCAGAGAGUGAUGAGCUCACCCCUGAGCCUCCUUUUCUCCAAACAGGACAAACCCAGAGCCCUCAGCCAUUCCUGAGGACAUGUCUUCCAGCCAUAGAUCUGCUCCAGAGAACUGGCAUUUUGGGGAAAUGAUGUUCCCAGGACAUGCUAGAUUUGGGAAAGGUGGGGGGUCCCUAUUCCCAGGGACCUUGCUUUGUCCUCUCCUACCUCCUCCUGCUCUUUGAAAAAGAAAAGGUGAAGAUAGGGAAAUGGGAACAUCACCUGGGUGCAGCCUAGAUUUCAUCUUCUGCAGCCACAUUGCUGCUUGGACCCUCUUAGUGCCAACUCAGUUGUCACCUUUGCCUGUGCCCAGCUGCCACCACAGCAGCAUUAGUCUCCUUGGUCUACUCCAGUAGCAGGAAGGAGUUGCAGCACCACAUCAGGCAUAAAUAUCCUGCCUGGGCACGAGGAGAUGGGCUCACCAACCUCUCUGGCACUGCACAGGGACAGGCGACAUGUCAUCGUACCUGGGCUCUGCACAUCCACGGGACCAGCAAAACAACCCAGGGGUCUGUCCAAGGAGCCAGUCCCAAAACUCACACUCCUGACAGAGCACAGAGGUGGGGCAAAUCCUGGUAGGAACGGACGAGGUCUCCGAAUGGCUGCCCACACUGUGGUGGUGGCACAUCCUCAGCUCCU